CCUCUUCUCCUUUCACUGGAAGGAACCUCCUUUUGUUCUUCAAAUUUAAGUACCCUAUUCAAGGAAAGUUCAGCACUUUUCUUCUCUUCUGGUCAAUGUUGCAUGCAGUCUCUGCUCCAAACACUUGCCUUUUCUAUCCUAGAGUCCCCUGUCGUCCUUCAAGCCGUCUAAUCUCACAAAGGCUCUCUGUGCACGCCUCCUUUCCAGAUAACAACAAUGGAUUGAAAGUGGAGUACACUCCUUGGUUGAUUGUUGGAUUGGGUAACCCUGGAAAUAAGUACCACGGCACUAGGCACAAUAUCGGCUUUGAAAUGAUUGAUAAAAUUUCUCAAGCAGAAGGCGUUGUGUUGAAUACAAUACAAUCAAAAGCUCUAAUUGGAAUAGAACAGGUGCCAUUGGAGAGGUAUCAAUAUUGUUGGCAAAGCCUCAGGCUUACAUGAAUUUCAGUGGAGAAUCAGUUGGUCCUCAUUUAUUUUACUAUCCUGCUGCUUUUUGAUUGGUUCUGUUGACUGUUGCUCAUGUCUAUCUUGACUGUGGCCGAAGCUGAAGCAUCUAACAAGGUUUUUAUAAUUGUGUCUCUAAGCAAUUGAUACUUUGAUAGGCUUUUUAUUGACCAAGAAAUGGUUUAGCUACCUUAACCAUUUCUAUCUCUGACUUCUUCUCUUUUCACUAUUUUUAAGUUGGGGUCUCUUGCUGCAUAUUAUCAAGUGCCCCUGCGUCACAUUUUAUUGGUAGGCAGUCUUGGCACCCGUGGUAUCAACAAAUUGAACACCCCUGUGUAUCUUUUUAUAAUACUUGUGGAAAUGUGCUUUUUAGAUUUGUCCUUCAAUGCAGAUAUAUGAUGAGACGAGCUUGCCAAAUGGCAUUCUAAGGCUUCAACCAAAAGGAGGGCAUGGCCAUCACAGUGGGUAUGUUGCUUUAUAGAUCACUUGAAAGUUAAAACAGAGCCAGUGUAAAUCUCCAUUUUGCACCUGCCUUUGCUUCAUGAGAGUUGUAACAAACUUAUUCAUCAUUAAUGGACUUCUCAAGUGACAUCAUAAACAAAAAGAGGGAAUUCUACCUUACAAAUGAGAUAGCUAUUCUGAGGUGGUUGGCUGUGAAAAUAGUAUUUUCUUUUCCCUCUAAAUCCUUUAGCAUUCAUUCUGUGACAUAAGAAACUUAUCUACCAUGUGAUAUUUCUAAAGUUCUGUAAGCUUAUUUAUUGUCUUCUGUUACUCCCUUGGUUACUGCCUUUCUGGCCUUAGUGUUGAUAAAACAGAAUUUAACCA